AUGCGAUUCCUCGCAGCUUGGACGCUUUCGCUCAUUGCAGUCUCUGCGCUGGACCAGGACUUAGACCAUGGCCAUCAGCGUGCACACCUGGUUCAAGCUGUAGAAUCUUGGGAGGGAGACGAGGUCAGCCAUCGGCCCAGCCCCAGGCAUGCACCGAAGGCUCAUGAGGCUGCCACCAAGAGGGAGAUGAAGCACGGGGCGAAGAAUGGCAAGCCACGCACGAAAGACACGAAGGCCAAGCAUGGCCCGAAGGCAGCAGCGGAGGUCAGUUCGCAUGGAGGUCUGAGCCACCACCAACAAGCUCGUUCCAGCCACAGGCACAGGCCCGAUGUCGUCCACAGCCACAUGGAGGUUGAGGCUUCACAGAACAUUCCUGUGACCUUCUUCCAGGAAGAGUCAGAACAGGGGCCUGUCCAUCAGGUGAGGGUUCACGAGAGGGAAGGCUCCGGCGUGGAGGUGGAGGUGGCAAAGCUCUCUGACGUCCCCGACGAGAUGGAAAUGGAGGCGGAGGAAAAAUCAGACUACAGCGAGGAAGAUGAUGGAAGCAGCGCCGAAGAUCAAGCCGAUGACUUCACUCUGCCGAAAGCUGAUGAGAUGGAGGGGCACCAAGAUGCGGCAGCAGUCGCCGACGUGCUAUCUGCAUCCCCCGCUUCGAUUAUGAGAAGAGAGGUGCACGACACAGAGCUGCCGACAGAAGUCGCUGCCAAGAGAUGGCUCGGGCUCUACGACUUCCACGGCAAGGUGAGUGGGCAGCGGCAUCUUCGCAGGGUUGUGCUUGUGUUUGUCUUCAUGGGCAUUGCAGUCCUCUUCAUGUUGCUCGCUCUCACGAAGGCAGACAACGUCAUCAGGAGUGUGCUGUCGCAUGUCAGCCUCUCGACCGAGCCGACCGGCAGCGAGCUGCAGGAGCCCGUGGAAAAGAAAGAUCAGGUGCAGACGAACGGCAAGACUCCAGAGGCUGCAACGAAAGCAAUUGCCAAUCUGCUCGAAAGCAGCUUGGGCACCUGCGGUGGCAGUCGAAAGCUGAGCAGGGAAGACAAGGAGUUCGAUGCCGAUCUUGGCUCCGUGGGUGCCCUGCGGUCACGGGUCGAGGCGAUUCCGGUGAGCGCUGCCGCACAGGUCGAGAGGCUCCUUCCUUCUGCGGGCGGCUACGACGUUACUUUCUCCAAGCCCUUGAGCAGCCGGCAGCUUCUGCGUCUGGAAGCCGUCAUUCAAACUUCGGCGGAUUCGGAGCCGCUCCUGGCACCGCUCACGCGGCGACCAUGCGUUCUUUACACCGCGAACGCGUCCAGAAGGGUCCAUGGAGGCAUGCCUUUGCCGGUCGCCUUUGCUUCCCAGCACACCGACUUCAUCGUGACCCUGUGCGGCUCACCACGGGUGGACAUCAGAGUCUCCGGUUCCGAGGUGAAUCUCUUUGCAACGAGGGAAUGCGAGUUUGCUGAAGUCUUACCUUUUCCUUGUGCUCCAGACCAUUGGCAAGACUUCGUCUCCGCCCACUUGUCCUCUGCAGGCACCGGCUCUUCAGACAAUCAUGCGAUGGAGAAUGGCUUGCGCGCUAAAGGUACAGCUGUUGAGUUUCAUGAGUGCUGCCUGAUCACUGGUGCCACGGUCACCCUAAUUGGCGAGCUCAUGCGCUCUGCGAGCGGCGACCUGACCCUCCAACCGCUCAGCCAAGAGCAGGUGUCCUGGAAGCACCCUUCCUGGGAGAAGGGAUCCGGGGAGGAGUUGGAGCUCCUGGAGGCCGGACCGCCUCCCCAAGCAGCGCCCGAGCCCGAGCCUCCGAACGGAAUGUGCAAACUUGCUAACGGCCUGACUGGCCUGUCCCCGCUACAGGCAGAACUCGUGAACCAGCGCACCGGCCUGCGGGUUCGGAACUUGGAGGACCAAAUGGCCCAGCAACAGAAGCUGCAGAAGCAGCUCGCUCUCCGCCACACGAUGACUCUGCGGGCUAACGUGAUUGUGUUGCACCAGAGUGUCUCGCCUGUUGUGGUUGCUCUUGGAAAUUCCAUGAGCACCUUGCUGGCAGCCAAGCGCAAUGUGGACGGGCUGCCGGAGCUGCCACUCGCGAAGUGGGAGGCGCAUCACGGAAUUGGGCAGAAGACGGCGAAAGGGAGCUUGACAGGACCAGGCAAUGCUGGCGCCGCUUGGGGUGCGGCACAGACGCCCAUCAAGCAGAGUGGAGCAGAAGGCGAAGUUCGGAAGCUUGCUCAGGCCACGCCCUAUCCUUUGGCUCUGAUGCCAGCUCAGGCCGUGGCCACAGCUUUUGAGAGUAUUGAAACGCACUUUCCAACGGAAAAUUGGCAGCUGGUCUCUCUCCUUGGCCGAGUGGUCGUCGAGGUGCUGCUCCGAGCCUUGGAGCUGCUGUCUGGGCCCCAGGCAAAGCGUGUGAAAGGCGACUGGGAAACGAUCAGGUGGUUUUACUUGCCCUUGGUCCCGUUGCUAGCCUUCUCUGUGGUGGCAGAUCGAUGCUCGCCAGCAUGCAACGUCGCCGAGGCUUCGAGGCGACAGGCCCCUAGCUGGGUCGACUGGUGGUGGGCCGUUGCUCUGCGGAGGGUGCAACGCAGCGGGCCGGUGUUUGUGAAGCUCGGGCAAUGGGCGGCUACACGACCCGACCUCAUUCCAGAGGACGUCUGCUCGCAGCUGGGUCACUUGCACGACAGCACCGAGCCUCAUAGCCUGGAGCACACGCACAAGGUCUUGCGUGAGUCCUUCUCCGACACGUGGUUCCGAAACUUGCUCAUUGAGCCAGAGCCGAUAGGAUCUGGAUGCAUCGCGCAGGUGUACCGUGGUCAGCUGCUGACUGGUGGAGCAACUUCGUCCAAGGCUUCGCCUCUUCGGUUGCUUGGGGCUCGACUCCAACGCUUCUGCGGAGGUGCUUGCUCAUCGACCGCCGGCCGAAGCGUGGAGGUCGCCGUGAAAGUUGUCCAUCCGCAGGUGCAGCGUGCUGUGGAUGUUGACUUGCAGGUGCUGGAUCAGCUGGCGAGCCUUUCCAAACAUGUAGGUGCGGAAAGGUUGGGAAUUCCCUUAAUGCUCCGGCAGUUUUCGGCCUUUCUCAAGGCCCAAACAAAUCUCGAGACAGAGGCGCAAAAUCUACGAAGGAUGAAGCAGAUGCUGGCAUCUGGCGACGGCAAUGUUGUAAUCCCUGAGGUCUUCGACAGAUGGGUUGCACCAAACGUGCUCGUGAUGAGCUUCGAGGAGGGGGAGCCUCUGACCGCCUUGCUCGACUCAGACGGCCCAGAUCGGCCAAGGCUAGAGGCUUGGCGAAUCCUUGUUGACAGCUUCUGGGCCAUGGUGUUCAAGUACCGCUUCGUGCAUGGUGACCUGCACCCAGGAAACAUACUGUGGCGGCCACCAGCCGACGCCUCUGGCAAGGCAGUGCAUGCCAGGGGUCCUUUUCUUUCUUAA